CCCACCUUCUUCACUACCGCUUUGCUCUGUUCUUCCUUGUAAUAAAGCUCAACAUCCCUUUCAAUUCAUUCACUCAUUCAAUUCGAUCUGAUCCAUUCAGAUCAUUGUUUGAAUAUUCGUUGUUCAUCCAAUGGAACAAACAGCCGGAAAAAACAAUGCCCCCAGGAAGAUGAGAUUCGCACCCAAAGCUCCUACCCGCCGAGCACCAAAGCUCGAAGUUAAAGCUGAAGUUGAAGAGGACAUCGAUGCUGCUCAAGCCAUGGAUUUGCUUCAGCGUUUCAAUCAAAGUUCUGUAAGAACAAAGCCUAAGGUUGAAAAGAAAGUUUCGGCUUCGCAAGUCGCAUUCGGUCAUGGAGCAGGAUCUGGUUUGUUAAGAACAUUUGGUGCUUCCAAAGGAGUGAGUCGAAGUGCCGGAGAAACUUCCACUGGUGGCGUUCAAACACAAGGUUUGAGAGGGGCGAAAGAAUACAAAGAACCGUGGGAUUAUUACAGUUAUUAUCCUCUAACCCUUCCUAUGAGGAGACCAUACUCUGGAAAUCCAGAGUUUCUCGACGAGGUGGAGUUUGUUUCGGAUAAUGCAAUUUACAACGAAGACUUGAUGGAGCCUGCAGUCGAGCUUGGUCUAAUGGAAGAGAAUUUGGAGCCAACCAUGUUAUUUCUUAAGUUACCACCAACUCUACCUACGAUACAACAACCGGAAGGUGUAGCCAGGGAAGAGGCUCGUAGCAGCUCGAGGUCUUCCAGGACCGCAAAGAAGACGUCGGGGUUAGCCGAGUUACCUGCGGGUCUAAUGGGGAAAAUGCUAGUGUAUAAAAGUGGCGCGGUCAAGUUGAAGUUAGGGGAUACAAUAUAUGAUGUUAAUACGGGCAUGAAUUGCGUGUUUGCACAGGAUGUGGUAGCUGUUAAUCCUGCAGAGAAGCAGUGUUGUGCGGUUGGGGAGAUUGAUAAGCAUGCUGUUGUAACCCCUGAUGUGGAUUCCGUUUUGAGUAGUUUGAUGUCUUAUCUUUGAUUGUUUUACAAAUUUAUGAAACAAAUGUUAUGCAAACAAAAUUACAUCUGAUUUUUUC